AAACUCAGGGUAUUAUAUAUGUAAAUAUAAUCUAAGGAAUCACAUUAGAUUAUAUAAUGGUAGUAAUAUAAUUAUAUUAUAAUUUACUUUUUUUAUUCUAUUUUUGGUGUGAAUGACGAAAACAACAGACUAAUUAUGCAAUUAUUAUUAUUAAAAAAUUAAAAAAAAUAAAAGAUAUCCGCUUCCAGUUUUAAAAUAACUUCACGUUGUCUCCACCAGAUGUCAGCCUGUGUUAAAAAAAGAUGGCUAUAUUCACGAAAACAUCGAUUUGACAGCUAUAAUAUCUGAUAAUAGAUACAUUUGUAUACAAAUAAUUACAGGAUACAUAAGAAAUAAUUAUUUAAAAAUGUCGAGCAUCACGAUAUCAGCGAUAAGACCACGGACGAGUAUCCUCGACAAAUCGUUGAGCAAAGGCAAGGGAGAGGUUAGUCUGAGCUGUUUUGCCCUCUUGUUCUCCGAACUUGUACAAUACUGUCAAAACAGAGUCUACACCGUUCCAGAGCUACAAAAUAAGCUGGCGGAGAUGGGAGCAGAAGUUGGACAUAGAAUAACAGACUUGCUCGUCAUGCGAGAGAAGAAUGGUAAACGCGAAAUAAAACUGCUCAAUGUGUUGUUGUUUGUCAAAAGUACAAUGUGGAAGUCCUUGUUUGGUCGAGAAGCUGACAAGCUGGAACACGCCAAUGAUGAUGAGCGUACUUAUUAUAUCAUUGAAAAGGAAUCUCUGGUAAACAAAUUUGUGUCGGUGCCCAAGGACAAGGGAAGCUUGAACUGUGCCUCCUUUGUCGCAGGUAUCGUGGAGGCUGUGCUUUGUGACUGCGGCUUUCCUGCAAAAGUAACUGCUCACUGGCACAAGGGAACCACGUACAUGGUUAAGUUUGACGAUGCUGUUGUUGCACGUGACAAGCAACUUGAAGAUCGGUAAUAAAAAAGAAAAAUGAUAUAGAGAGAAAAUAUGUAAUUUAUCUAUAUAUAAGUUUAUCUUAAUUAUUAAAAUAAAUCGAUAAGGUCCUCAUUAAUCAAGUUAAAUACACAUUUUGUGUGUUUUAUAUUUUUAAGGCUGGCUUUAAAAUAUAAUGUCUUUUUCUUUUUGAAUUAAUUGCAUUUUUAUAAUAAUGUGUUCUUAUAAAGAUUACCUUCAAAUCUUUUUUUUUAAUCUUAGUCUCUUUCUAAUGUAAUAUUUAAAAUUAGUAUUGUAGUUUGAUAGUUUAUUUCACUAUACAUUCCAGCGAUACAUUACAACUGUGCUUAUAUUUUGCUAAAUAUUUCUACAACUAUAUCUAAACGAAUUUAAAUUCUCUGUCUGCAUAACUGACUUGCCCAGUACGAUAUAAAUGUUCUUUUGCAUCCUGCGGGAAAUAUAAUAUCUUAAUAUUGCAGUACAUGAUUCAUUCUUUAUGUAUCAUGAUUUUUUUACAAAUAAUCCAGCUUACCCUUCUUUUUUUGAGAAAAUAUGCAGUUAAAAUAAUAGAACUCGCAAGAAAUCCCACUCUUGUAACAUAAUUUAACACUGUAGGUACAAAAUAUUUUUCUACUGAUGUUUUUGUCGCAGCAAAUCUGUGUAAUCCUGUGUCAAACUAUAUACAUAAGAAAUUAGUAAUUAUGACAAAAUAUUCAAAAUUAAUUAAUUCGUACAUUAUUAAAAUGAUAAAAAAAAACAUUUUUAAACUGACACAUUACUAAAUUAAAAGACAUAAGAUAGCUCCUGCUAUUCAACGAACUUGUCAAGCCUAUUAUGUAAUUUCUAUAUGGAUACAUUUAUGUAUUGUAAGAUACAAGCACACAGUUAAAAUAUUAUAUACGUUUAUAUUUAUGACUUAUAAA